AUGAGCUCCACAGCACCAUCCUACAUCGACGACGGCCGCUCCUUCGCACGGCGCAUCCCCCCAGCAGAUUCAUCCACCAACUUAUCGCGCUGGCUGAAAACGACCCCCUUAUUCCCAGAAACAGCAUCCGCGUACACAGGCAGCUACAUCGACGACGGCCUCGACCUGCUACCCGGCUCGACACCUGGCUUCGGACGCGUGGACGCGAAGUUCUACGAGGCCCCAAAGCGGCGCGGCAAAGGCAGCGGCGCGUGGAACGACGACAUCGCGCGCGCUGUUGGCGGCGAUAUCCACCGCAGUCUGGCCAGGAUGAAGGGCGUUGCUGGAGUGCAGGUCAAGCGUUCUGAGACGAGCGUGAGGGGAGAGAAAGAGCACAGGGAGAGGAGGGGGGUUGUGAGUGUGCCAGCGCCGCUGAAAUGGGGGACCUUCGUGAUCAAGGGUGAUGAUGGACGGGUGGUUGUCAUUGACGAUCGGGGCGAGUACGAUUCUGGAGCCGUGAAGGAGACCGUGGAGAAGCCAGAGGAAAGCAGGCGAUGGAUCAAGGCUGCGAGAAGCCCUUCACCACCAGCAUUUGUCCCACCACGCCAUCAUUCAAGCCACACGGUACCCCACGGCUGGCUCUCUCCGUCCGCCUCGCCCACGAGCUCAGUCUGCAGCUCUACGUUCACGUACCUCAAAGCGGCUUCCUUGCAGCAGUCACGGCAGAGGAGCUUGAGGGACAGCAGACACACUCUCUCCAAUCAAGGCUCCCGUCACGACGACGAUCAAGAUACGAAAUUGAACCACCGAAGCCUCGACAUCAUUGAAGUGGUUUAUGGCGAGACACCGCUGGACGAGGUAUCGUACUCACAAGUCGGCUGGGGUGGGAACGCAGUGAGUGCGCACAGUUGGAGUGAUGCGGAUAAGAAGGGAAAUAGUGAGGGUGGUGGUGGUGCUUGGGAGGACGUUGCGGAUGGGACGAUCAAGAGCUUCGGACAUGGAGAUACCGGUAGUGAUCUAGGGUGGGGUGGGUCGGCGAAGGGGGAUGGGCGCGAGGGGAGUAGAGCUGGAGGCAAGCUCGGAAGCGUUCACGGGAGGAGCAACGAUAAGAGCCAUUCGAAGCAUGGCGACGAAGAGUGGGACGGCUUCGAAAGGCCAAAGACGACCAGCGAAGUCAGCGUAGCUGGAGGAAGUGAGCGUAGCUGGCCAGCAAGCCAGCACAGCGUGCACACUCAUCUCACGCAGCGCACGCAGCGCAGCCACACGUCUCGCAGGAGCAGCAGACACAGUCCCCCGGACUGGCCCGCCAGCCAAGCCGCCUCCAAAGCCGGCAGCGACGUUCACUGGGGCGGAAGCGCUGUUCAAAGCGAGCAGAACUGGCCCACAAGUGCACAUGGCAGCGAGCACAGCAACCACAGCUGGUCCAAGAGCAAACACGGCAGCGAGAAGGGCAGUCUCACAAAGUACCAUAACUGA